UUAGAAGAGAGGCCAGGGCACAGGAGAGUGACGAGAUUACCAGGUGAAGAAUUUCUUCCUGAGAACAUACAGCCAACCUUCAAGAGUGGCCGCAAAUCCAUCAUGGUAUGGGGGUGUAUUGCACAUCAUGUGAAAGGUCCGCUGAUCAAGCUGGAAUUCCCACCUGAAACCAUGAAUGGAGGCUUGGAUACAAAAGAGUAUGUUACACAGGUUUUUGAAGGGCCUCUAAAGGAUUUUUUCGACAGGAUGGAGCAGCAGCAGAUAUGUCUCAUGCUUGUUGUCGAAGAUGGAGCACCAGCCCACACAAGCUGUCUCGCAAAAUCUGCUCGGUUGAAACUGGGCAUCACACCCCUAACACAUCCUCCAUCUUUACCCGAUCUUAACCCUAUCGAGCUAUUAUGGCUGCUGCUCAAAAACUGUGUUGCUGAUAUCCUAGGUGCCAGUAAUUCUCUCAAGAACCUAUGGUUAGCAGCACAGCAUGCAUGGGAAGAAAUUACAGAAGAGGAGAUUCAGAGACAUACUAGGAAGAUGUCAGAGAGAGUUGCACAAGUUCAGGCAGCAAAAGGCUGGCAUACAAGAUUCUAA